AUGUACAUCGCCCCAUGCCCAUGCGAGGCGCCGUUGCUCUUGACACAGGUCUGCGCGGAAUGGCGGAGGCUUGCCAUUGCCAUGCCUUUGCUGUGGUCGUCUCUGUCUGUGAUUGUCUACCCCACACACUCGGACCCAGCGUUGCCAUUAAUCUACUUAUGGCUCGACAGGUCGGGCUCAUGCCCCCUAUCGCUCUCGUUCACCCAUGAAGACCAAGAUAAAUGGGAGAACGACGGCUCGGAGCUCGCUGCGCACAUCCUCACCCUCUUCUUCGACUUUUGGACGAGGUGGCAGAAUUUCAGCAUGGUAUUACCUGAUCCAUGCCCCGGCUACGCCAUAACCACGCUUCCAGAGUCCGGACCGCCGCUUCUGCAGAACCUUCGCAUGUUGAUAGGCGAUGGGUUGUGUGCAGAGGAAAUUGACGUCGCUGCCACAUUGUACGCCUCAGCUCCCAGGCUCACAGAGUUCACUUGGGGACAUUCGUACUAUGACAUUGACCAUAGAACCGUACCGUGGCACCAGCUCUCUUGCCUGCGGCUGGAAUGCGACGUCCCCAUGGGCGCAGUAUUAAACAUCCUAGAGCUCGCGCCCUCCCUCACCACCAUGCAUCUAGACGGUGUAUAUCGCGCCACAAAAGCGCGCAACGGUAUUUCGCAAUCCCCGGGAAGAAGGCAUAUCACUCACCCCAGUCUUCUGGCUCUCACCGUAGUGAGCAUCCAACCUCGCAAUCAACAGACUACUUCGUGUAUCUUCAGACACCUCACACUGCCUAGCCUUACACACCUCGAAAUCUCAGAACUUCCCAUGACGCCACCAACGAAGCUCUCGACGCUCUCGUUUGAAUUGCCUGCCUUCCUCUCACGAUCGAAAUGUCCGCUCCAGAGCCUUCGCGUUGAUUCUAUAAACAACAUAUUAGCCGUUGUAAUUGAGUCCUUGAAUGUCGUCACCCACACACUUGUUUGCUUGGACAUUCAGCAUGAGCGCGAGGUGGUCGAUAUCGAUCCCUUACUUUCCCUGCUCUCCUUGUCCACCAAGACCGAGCCAUUUCCAACGCACCGAUGUUGUCCGCGGCUUCAGCACCUCAAGCUUGGCCAUAACGUGAAGGCACGGGCUAUCGUCAUAGAGAAGCUCCUCUUAUCACGGUGGGUUUCACGGGUGUUGGGAUUCCCAACAUUGGAGUUAAAUUCGGAUUGGCCGCUGUGCAUGUCUCGUACUUCUGUACAGCAAAGGUAG